AACCCUAUCACCCAACUGUGACAAGUUCUUGGCGGCAACACUCUCCUCCCUGAAACUUCCAGUUGCAGGUUUCAAGUUUCAAAUUCUUGAUUUCAAGAACCAAAUCCUUCAUUUUUCAUCUUCUUUCUUCCGAAAAUCAUGCCACCUGCACACAUCCACUUCCUCAACAUCUUCUUCUUCUUCUUCAUCUUAUUAUCCACCAUCACCACUUCAUCCCCCCCAAAAAACCUAAACCUAACCCUAAUCGGCACCGCACACUUCACCAACACCUCAAUCCACCUCACCGACAACCCCCCCACCUGCACACCCCCCUCUCCCCAUCAAACCGGCCGCAUCCUCCACUCUUACCCUAUCCGCUUCUCCACCCCCUCCCAAAACGCCACCGUUUCACUCUCCUUCUCCACCCGCUUCUCCUUCACCAUCACCCCACCCCCUCCCCCCUGCCUCCCCGGCGACGGCAUUGCCUUCCUCAUCGCCUCCGACCCCACCACCUUACCCCACUCCGACGGCUCCAUCGGCUUACCCGAUUCCCCUGUCUCUGACCCCUUCUUCGCCAUCGAAUUCGAUACCCGUUUCAACCCGGGUUAUGGAGACAUUAACGAUAAUCAUGUUGCCAUUGAUGUGAACUCCAUCGUGUCCAUUCGAUCUGUUGAUUUGGGUACAAUUGGGAUUGGGUUGAAGAGUGGGAAGAAGAUUAAUGCUUGGAUUGAGUAUAGGGAUAGUGAGAAGAUGGUUCGGGUUUGGGUCGCGCAUUCGGAGUCGAAACCCGAGCACUCGGUGAUUGAACUUCGGGUUGAUGUUUCCAUGGUUUUGAAAGAGUUUAUGUAUGUCGGGUUUUCGGGGUCGAAUGGGAGGGGAUCGUCGGUGCAUUCGAUUGAGACGAUACAGUUUCAUACGUUUGAUUCGUUGGAUCCGAAUGUGCAGAUGGAAAUGAGGAGUAAAAGAACGUGUUUGAUUUGUUACCCGGAGGAUCCCGGGUUUGAAAAUGAUGAUAUCGCGAUGUGGGGCGAUCGGGGGAAGGGUACUCGCGUGCUUGAGUUGGCGUUCGGGUUGUUGUUUCUUACCGCGUGUUUGAUUGUCGUUGCGAGUUUGAUUGUGGUUUGCUGUGUUUGUUUGAAGAGAAGGCGGGUGUUGAGACAACAGUGUGCGGAUCGGGCUGGAAUGUAUCGGUUUCAGGAAACUGAGGUGCCGAAGAGGUUGAAGUUGGCGGAUAUUCGGUUGGCGACGAAAGGGUUUGAUCCGAAUAGGAUUAUUGGGCAAGGGGCGUCUUCGGUUGUGUACGAAGCGCAUUUGCCAUCGUGUGGGAAUGUCGCGGUGAAGAGGUUUAGUAAAGUGAAUCAAACGGGUUUGUUCGGGAACCAGUUUGCGACUGAGCUUGCGACGAUGGUGGGGUGUUUACGACAUAAGAAUUUGGUUCAGCUUCAAGGAUGGUGUUGUGAAGCGAAUGAGUUGGUUUUGGUUUACGAGUACAUGUCGAAUGGGUCGCUUGAUAAAAUCCUGCAUAAGAGAACGAGCAACCGCUUGUUGACGUUCGAGAAACGAUUGAACAUACUUCUUGGCGUGUCGGCGGCAUUGGUGUAUUUACACGAAGAAUGUGAGCGUCAGAUCAUCCAUAGAGAUGUGAAAACUUGUAAUAUAAUGUUGGAUGCCGAUUUCAAUGCAAAAUUGGGGGAUUUCGGUUUGGCGGAGGUUUACGAGCGUAGUGCGCGAAAGCGUGACGCCACGCUCCCAGCAGGUACAAUGGGGUACCUUGCUCCGGAAUACGUGUAUUCCGGGGUCCCCACUGUGAAAACUGACGUGUACAGUUUUGGGGUGGUGGUGUUGGAAGUUGCGUCAGGGCAGCGUCCGGUUAACGAGGAUGGGGUGGUGGUGACUGAUUGGAUGUGGGAUUUAUGGGAAAAGAAGAUUCUGAUUGCGGCCGCAGAUCCGAGGCUGAUGGGGAGGUAUGAUAAGGUUGAUAUGGAGAGGAUGUUGAUGGCGGGUUUGAUUUGCGUGCAUCCAAACCACCAGUUGAGGCCAACGAUGAAAGAGGCGGGGCGGAUGUUACGAGGAGGGAUGGUGCCCGAGUUGCCAGUGAGAAAGCCGGUGGUGAUGAUUCAGUCGGUUUUGCCAGAGAGGUCGUCGGAGAUGGUGGCGCGGUUAGGUGUUGAUGAGUCGGAUACGCCGUGGUCUACUCCUAGGACACAUUUUAGUAAAGGAAAUUGAUCUUGUGUUGUGGAUAUUGUUUUUUGAAAAGUUUGUAAAUUGGUGAUGAUUUGUAGGGAAAGUUUUGUAUUGUUGAUUGUGAUUUUUUGAGAGAGAAGAAAUAAUACAGUUUCUCUUCAUUUUUAA